AUGGCAAAUAUCAUGAAGAAGUUCAAGAAAAAGCGCGCGCGCUCCUCGGAGCUGCACGACCGCUGGGGUGACACUUCAAUCAGCCAUCCAACCGAGGGUUCUUGGAACCAGUUGAACCAACCACCUGGUUCUAUUGGAAAUAACUCGACAAAUGAUCCACCCCAACUUCAGACCUCAACACGCCGUUAUGUGCCUAUAGAUUCGGCAUCGCCAGUCGCCGCAGCAUCGAAUGGGUUUAUUUACCGCAGCAUCGAGGUUGACCCGGCUAUUCCCCGAGGAUACUUCGACGAAAACAUACGCCACCCAACGCAACGAAGAAACCAAUCACCUAUGACUGGUCUUGGGAUCAGUGACCACCACAGACCUCGCAUGGGAAGCCCUCAUACUCUCUCAGACAACUCUUGUGAUGAGUAUGAAGUGAUCCGACAUGAUGUUUGUGCAGAGCCGGGAGAAGCUCAAUAUCUUCAACCCUUUUCAGCCCGAGAUCGAUCGCGAACCCCCAGACGAGACGAUCCCUAUUCCCGAGUUGAUCCAUCAAUGAGACCCGCACCACUCGCCGUGACUCAACGCAUGCGGAAUCUGAGUGGGCAAAGUCCGAUGACAGAAACGCCUAUUUCGGCGUCUGGUACUGUCAGUUCUGGUCUUACCAGCCACACAGCACUCUCUUCGAUAUCGGGACAUUCCUCGACUCCCCCAGGAACUCCCCGGGUCAGUGUGAAGGAUAAACACUCUUUCCCGCGGCCGAGAAACCCGGAGCCCGAUCCCAUAGCCGAGUCCGGGAUGGUUCCUUCAUAUGAUGAACUUUAUGGUUGA